CGCAGCAAGCGUGUCCAUUUCCGCCACCAUCCCUUGCCGCUCUCAUGAUAAAUUGCUUCAGCAGUCACUCUAUCUCACUCAAUCGAAAACACAGAGAAAGAGAGAGAGGGAGAAGGUAAUGGGAUCGACGGAGGAGCCAUGGAAUCGGUUGGAAGGAAAGGUGGUGAUGGUGACAGGAGCAUCGUCUGGGCUCGGCCGCGAGUUCUGCAUCGACCUCGCCAAGGCAGGCUGCGACGUCGUCGCUGCUGCCAGCAGGACCACCCACCUCCAGUCCCUCUGCGACGAGAUAGCGGCCAUGCGUGACCGGCCGGGGAGCGGCGGGAGGUGUGGCAGGGCGGUGGCCGUUCAGCUGGACGUCAGCGCGGAAGAAGGCGCCGUCGAGGAGGCCGUCGGGAAGGCGUGGACCGUCUUUGGAAGGAUCGACGCCCUCGUCAACAACGCGGGCAUCAGAGGGACAGUCGCUUCGCCUAUAGAUUUGAGCGAGCAGGAAUGGAAUCAGACAAUGAACACAGACUUGAGGGGACCUUGGCUGGUUUCCAAAUGCGUGUGCAAACUAAUGAUUGAGGCAAAGCAAAAGGGUUCGAUCAUUAACAUUGGAUCAAUGGCGGGCUUCGACCGUGGCCAACUGCCUGGCUCACUGGCCUACAGCAGUGCCAAGGCUGGAGUAAACAUCAUGACCAAGGUCAUGGCUUUGGAGCUGGGCCGAUGUAACAUUAGAUGCAAUUGCAUCAACCCGGGGAUUUUCAAGUCUAACAUCACUGCGGGCCUGAUGAAGAAAGACUGGAUUGACAUGGUGCAAAGUAAAACUGUUCCUUUGGGAACUUACGGCAGCUCGGAUCCGGCGUUCACAUCUCUUGUACGGUAUCUGAUCCACGACUCUUCUGAAUAUGUCAAUGGCAGCACCUUUGUUGUUGAUGCUGGUGCUACUUUGCCGGGCAUACCGAUCUGGUCUUCACUUUGAUGCAUCUUCACCAGCAUAUGCAGGGAGAUCAUCAAGUUAUAGUUCCAAACUUCAUAAUAAGACUUGCAAAUUUGGUCAUCUGGAAGUUCUGAUGCACUUAUAUAUCCAUUUCCCAAUUCCUGAUUGUAGUGAACUAUGUUUCUACACAAGUUCUGUAGUCUUUUUAUGUGCACUUGACCUAGUGUGCUAAUAUUUGUGUGUGAGUUCACGUUAGAGAUUCAUUGUCAAAGUGUUUUAGCGUUUUGAA